CAAAACUCUGGCAACGGCCAACAUGGUUCGGUGGAGACUACACAUCCUUUUAUUCCUCACGCUUUUCAUCAACAUAAAUGGACAAUCUGACAAGAGGAAGCACUGGCGUGAGAGAUUUGUAUCAUUUGGAACAUAUGUGGACCGCCAUGGCCCUAUAAAACCAAAGGAGUCGCUUAGUUCUUCACCGAGAUUCACCCUUGUGGCUCCGGACCUCCUGAGGGCAGACAGUCAGGAGAACAUCUACUUACAGGCAGAUGAAGUCAGCAACCCCAUCACUGUCUCCAUCACCAUUAUGGACUUCACUAAAACAAUCAUGCUCCUUCAAGACUCUGUCACACUCAAUCAGGAAAAUGGCUUCUGCUUCCUGAAGACCAUACAGCUAUCGUCCGAUCGUUUGAAUCGCGAGGAGAAAAAGAACAAGUUUGUGCAUCUGACAGCGACCUUUGGGGGUUUCCACUCUGAGCAGAGAGUCCUGAUGGUGUCCUUUCACUCCGGGUACAUCUUCAUCCAAACAGACAAACCCAUCUACAACCCCGGAGACACCGUUCGAUUCAGAACCUUUGUGUCCUCUCCGUUCUUUAAGGCCUUGGACAGCUCCAUCACUAUAGAAAUCCAGAACCCUGACGGUGUCGUGAUGAAACAGCUCACCAGGAGCAGAGCCGUUGAUGGCGUCAUCGCAGAAACGUUUCCUCUCUCUGAAAUCGUCACUGAAGGCAUUUGGGUGGUGACCGCAAAGUUCGACCACUGGCAGCAGAACACGUUCACCUCCCAGUUUGAAGUGAAGAAAUACGUUCUUCCUGCCUUCAAUGUCACCCUGACACCGAGGAAGUCCUUCAUCAGUUUAGAUGACGAUGAACUAGUUGUAGAGAUUUCUGCAAGAUAUCUGUACAGGGAGCCUGUCCAGGGGACGGCCUAUGUCGUGUUCGGAGUGAAAAUCAACCAAGAGAUGAAAAGAUUACCUUCAAUCAAGCAGGUGUCAGAUCUGGAUGGAGGAACUGUCUCACUGAGUAUGGCAGAGAUUAAGGCCGCUUACCCUGACAUUAAAGCUUUGGUGGGUCACUCUGUGUAUGUGAAGGCCUCUGUGCUCACCAAGAUAGGAAGUGAUCUGGUUGAGGCCGAGAAGACCGGCAUUAAAAUCGUCGAGUCCCCGUACGUUGUUUCCUUCAAGGACAUGCCGAAGUACUUCAAACCAGGUCUGCCGUUGGACCUCACAAUUCUGGUGAACAACCAUGACGGCUCUCCAGCUCGAAACGUCUUGGUGAAGCUAACUUUUCUGAACACGCCACUGAUUGCCUCAUCAGGCUCUGCCAGAGCCAGCAUCAACAUGCCCAGCGACCAAAUCCCACAAACUAUAACUGCUGAGACGGCACAAGCUGGCUUGAGACCCGAUCAGCAGGCCACCAAGCAGAUCACGGUUCACCCUUACAACCCCUUUGACCAAAACCAAAAAAACUUCCUUUACAUCUCCACAGGAACCAACAGAGUGUCUGUUGGAGACAGAUUGUCCCUGCAGUUCUCUGUCAGUUUAACGGAUCAGACAAACAGAGGGCACAUCAAACACCUAACUUACCUGGUGCUCAGUAAGGGUAAAAUCAUAUUAGCCAAACGUACGGACAUAAUAGGCCAGCAGUUCACCAACGUUGCGUUGAUGGUAACAUCAGAGAUGAUGCCAUCGUUUCGCGUUGUGGCGUUCUACAGUAUUCCCUGGGUAGGACGGGAGGAAUUAGUCUCCGACUCCAUUUGGAUAGAUGUGGUGGAUACAUGUGUUGGAGGGCUUGAAGUUGGGCCAGUUGAUGGAAAACACAGAGAUUACGCCCCUGGGAAAAACUUCCGUUUUAAGAUCAAAGGUGACCCGGGGUCAAAGGUCAGCCUGGUGGCUGUGGACAAUGCUGUUUAUCUCCUCAACAAGGACAGACUAUCACAGGGAAAAAUUUGGGGCGUGGUGGAGAAGGGAGACAUCGGCUGCACCCGGGGAGGAGGAGGUCAAGACGCUGCAGGAGUGUUUGCAGAUGCAGGACUUCUUUACUCUUCCAACACUGGCUUCAAAACCCAAACCAGACAAGCUCUGCAAUGUCCCGGCAGUGCUAGAAAGAGGCGCUCUGCUGAGCUUCUGAAGCGUAAAGCACGUCUGGAGAGUCACUUCGAUGAGAAGCUGCAGCGGCGCUGCUGUAAAGACGGCCUGAGGGACAUACCCAUGCCAUACUCGUGCACCCGACGCUCCCUCUACAUCACCGAGGGCCCCGAGUGCAUCCUGGCUUUCCGUUACUGCUGCGCCAAUUACAGGGGCCAGGUGUAUGACACCCUGCUCCCCACCACCCCUCCACCCACCACCACCACCCCUCCCACCACCACCACCCCUCCUCCAACCAUCGCUUACUCUUAUGAACUUGCUGUGCCAUUUAAAAUACCUCUGUCAAGGCACACUUUUGACUGGGGUUCACAAAUAAAACCAGUUGCAGGAAGGACUGGACUUGGCAUGAGCUAUUCAGUUGCAGGCGACCCAGAAAUAAUUAAGUUCAUGAGGGUUCCUGCUCCACGCCAGGUGGAAGAAGAAGAAAUAGAAGAAGAGUGGGAGUACCUGGACGAGUCUCAAGUGUAUCUUCGAUCCAAGUUCUACGAGUCCUGGUUGUGGAUGGAUGUUAGCCUGCCGAGCGAAGCAGACAGAGAUGGGUUGGCAUCUAGAAAUAUGGACAGCCCCCUGCCUGACAGCAUUACAGAGUGGGGAUUGCUGGCGAUCAGUUCAUCACCUGAUACAGGUUUCUGUGUUGCGGAGCCGUAUAAUUUCAGAGCCUGGAAGAAUUUCUUUGUUGACCUGAAGCUGCCUUAUUCCGUGGCGAGGAACGAGCAAAUUGAGAUUAAAGCUGUGGUCUACAACUACGGUUACGAAGACCUGGAAGUAAGGGUGAUGCUGAUGAAGACAGAAGACGUGUGCAGUGUUGCCUUUAAGGACAGACACACGCAGCAAGUGCGAGUGACGGCCGGCUCCUCUGUAGCGGUGCCUUAUACCAUCGUGCCGCUGGUGGUGGGGAAACUUCCGCUGGAGGUGCUGGUGUUUGACCGAGACAUGACGGGGAGAGACCGUGUCCAGAAGCCUCUCAGGGUGGUGCUGGACGGAGUGCAGAAGACUAAGGUUUGGAGUACAGUACUGAAUCCAUCGGCUCAAGGAGGAACUCAAACAGUUCGUGUUGGCAAAGUCGAACUGGAGUCAGUGGUUCCAAACUCUGAGCCCGAAACGUUCAUCAAUGUUAGAGGAAACAUACUGGCAGACAGCAUCGAUAACUCCAUCAGCGAGGACUCGUUGGCCUCUCUGAUCCAGAUGCCUGGUGGUUGUGUGGAGCAGAACUUGGCCACCAUAACUCUGCCUCUUAUUGCCGCUCUGUACCUGGACCGGACCAAAAACUGGGAGGCUGUCGGGGUGGAUCGCAGGGCCGAGGCUCUCCGAUACAUCAAGAGAGGCUACGAGAACCAGCUGGCAUACAGACGAAGUGAUGGCUCUUAUCCACCUUACAGGGGUGAAGGCGCAAGUACAUGGAUCACAGCGUAUGUUGUGAAGGUGUUCUCCAUGGCCUACUCCAUGGUCGGCAUAGAUGAGCAGCAAAUCUGUGACCCUCUGCUGUACCUGGUGAACAACAAACUCCAGCAUCAUAAAGGACUUUACAAAGAGGACAACCCUGUUUACUCCACUACAAUGACUGGCGGUCUUCGUGGUGACGACCCAGAGAUCACGCUGACAGCCUUUGUCCACAUCGCUCUUGCUGAAGCCAAGCAGGCAGGGAUCAGCUGCACCACCUCAGGCGUGGAUGUCAAGAGAGCGAGCCAGUGGACCUCGCAGUUCUUAAUAAAAGCUCUUUUAACACAAGGAAGGAGACCGUACACUGUGGCCAUCGCUUCUUAUGCUUUGUCUUUGCUGGGAAAGCCCGACCACCUCCAUCAGACUUUACUCCAAGCAGCAUCUCCAGACAAGAGUCACUGGCCUGACAGGAAUAAUCCUUUGUUCACACUGGAAGCGACUGGCUACGCUCUGUUGGCUUUGGUAAAACUGGAACUCAUGGAAGAAGCUGAAGCUCCCUUCAAAUGGCUGAACAACCAGAGAAGAAGAGGUGGUGGUUUCGGUUCAACUCAGUCCACUAUGGUGGUGCUUCAUGCUCUGUCAGAGUACAUGAGCAACAAGCCACCUCCUGAUGACCUCAGUCUGAACGUGGACAUCAGGAUGGCGGGACGCAAAGACGCCCGGUACUAUUUUAACCCCAACACCGCCUACGCUGCUCGCUCCUCCAGGUUGCCAGCUGGGGCUGAUUUGGAAGUGGUGGCUCAAGGGAACGGACAGGGAAUACUAGAGGUUAUGACUCAUUACAACCAGCUGCAUGAGGUGGAGGAGAAAGAACCCUGCAAGGACUUUGAGCUCAGUGUCGACAUUAACGAAUCCAGCGAAAAACCUCCAGCAGAUGUGGAGAAGUCGUAUCAGAUCACCAUCAAAGUCAGGGUGUUAGGACCCAGAGAUGUCAGAAUGGUGGUUCUUGACAUCACUCUUCCCACCGGCUUUACCCCAGAAAACUCAGACCUGGAUACGCUGUCCAGCUCAGUGGACCGGUACGUCAGUAACUUCCACAUCGCAGAUAAUCUGAGUGAUAGAGGCUCCCUGAUCAUCCAUCUGUUCAAGGUUUCUCACAAAGAGCCAGAGAUCCUGAUUUUCAGGCUUCGGCAGAACUUUAAAGUUGGUCUUCUGCAGCCAUCCUCUGUUACUGCCUACGAAUAUUACAAUCCCGAUCACCGCUGCAGCCGUAUUUACUCUCCUAAAGAGGACCAAGAGGAACUCACUCGGAUCUGCAACAACGAUGUCUGUCGCUGCACACAGGGUGACUGCUGUGUCCCAAAAGCUGAAAAUGCAAAUUUCCUCACCCAAGAGAGGGAGACAUUUGCCUGCAAGAGCUUGCACCAUGUUUGGCAGGUGAAGGUGGUGAAUGUCAGCCAGAGUUACUACGACAAAUACGAGGUGGAGAUUACACAAGUUAUUAAACUGGGUGUGGAGGCUGGAGUUGAAGUUGGUCAGAGGAGGUUUUUCAUGUCUCAUGGCAGCUGCAGAAAAGGACUAGACCUACAGCUGGGAUCCCAAUAUCUCAUUAUUGGUCCUAAAGGAGACCAGUGGACCACUGAGCCUGGUACCAACAGAUUUCUCUAUAUGUUGGGGAAGGACACGUGGGUGGAGCGAUGGCCUUCAGCUGCAGAGUGUCCCAGCAGUGCUGCCAUGCAAGCUAAGUGCAGGACUCUUAAUGAAGCUGCAAAUGAGCUUUCUGUGAACGGCUGCAGUCUAUAGAAGCAUCUGUGUCGAAUCAUAUUACUUUCAGAAAAUUGUGUUUUACUUUGUCUCAGUUUGUGCAAUAUGGAGUUUGCUUUUAUUAACAGAAAGUGAAUUUUCUCACAGAAACAAUCAUUCAAUGUUUUCUGAGUACUGUGAAGUUUAAUUAGAAUCAGAACAACAGAAAACCAAGAUGCUCACAAUAAAUAGAAACAAAAACACCAGAA